AUGGCGACGAGGGACCCGACGGUCGAGGAGUACGCGAUCCGGUUCGUCCGCAAGUACCUGAAGGGUGACUUCGCGCGCGCCGCCGCUCGAACGAACGACGACGGCGGCGCCGCCGUCGCCGCCGACGACGCCAACCGCGCCGCCGCCGCCGACACCCUCGUCGACCUUCUCCGCAAGUGCUCCGACGACCCGGUGCUGCUCAAGGUGCCACUCCGCGUGUUGCGCGAUGAGAUACUGCGACGCUACGACGAACACCGACACCGACGCGACCGCGACCGCGCGCCGUCGUUAGAUGAGUCGGCGCUGCCGGCAGACGUCGAGUCCCUCUUCGCGCUCUUCGACGGCGUUCACCGAGUAUGCGUCACCCUCGCCUCCAGGCUCACGGCUGGUCCCUUCGAAACGAUAGACCGAGCGCUUCGCCUGCGGCUCUUCCUCUGCGUGUGCGGGGAGACGUGGCGGGACGCGCCGGCGCUGAGAGCGUGCGCGUUGCGUCGGUGUCACGCGUUCGCGCGCGAGGAGGACGCGCACGAGGCGUCGAGGGCGACGACGACGACGGCGGCGGCGGGCGGCGCGACAAACGGGUUUUCUCACUCGGCGACGACUGCGUCGUCGUCGUCGAGGAGGUCGUCGGCGUCGGCAUCGUCGUCGUCGUCGUCUUCGUCGGGGUGGCUCGGAUCCAUCGCGUCGCGCGCCGUGCCCGCGUUCGUGUCGCACGACGCCGUGGACGUCUCCAGCUGGCGUCGCGUGAUUGGGCAGAUCUUCGCCAGGUGCCCCGCGCGGCUCAUGUCGCCGACGGUGGAGUGCCUCCUGGAGUCCCUUCGCGUCCGGGGCCCCGACUGCGCGGCGGCGAACGUGGUCGGGCCAAUCGCGAGUCGCCAGCUGGGACUCGAUGAUGACGACGCGACGACCGAGUACGUCCUGUACGGCGAGACCACCGUCGUUCGAGCCGACGCGAAUCCGCCCAAAACGCCGCCGCCGCCGGACCUCCUCGGAUUUGAACCACAGCUGUGCGCCCCCGGGUUCGACGGGUUCGACGGGUUCGACGUGACCACACCGAUCGACGACGAUCGCAAAAACCUGACCGCCGGGUGGGAAACCUUCGAGACGCCGACGACGACGUUAACGCCGCCGACCCCGACCCCGACGACCGUUACGACGACCGUUACGACGACUGACGGGCGCUCCUCCCGAGCCAUCUCCACCGGCGCGAGCACCGGCGAGAAAGGUCUCGUGUUCGACGGAAGCUUCGGUUCCGACGCCUCGUUGACGUCGGCGUUCAGGCCCGAUAGGGCGGGGGAUUUCACACGCGCGGAUCACGAGACGUCGCACGCGCCAAUCGCGAGUCGCCAGGUGGAGCCGCACAGCUGUGCGUCGUUCGGCGCCUUCGGUUCCUUUCCCGUCGAGACGCCGCCGGGAAAGGAGCCCUCGCCCUCGUCCUCGUCAGCCGCGGACGGGUCUGGAAAGUCGUCUGGAGAGUCGUCUGGAAAGUUGGGAGCGCUCGCGUCGGUGGCGGCCAGGUUGCCCGUGCGCGACUCGCACGACUUCGACGAGCUCGUGCGCGACUUGGAGCGCAUGUGA